AGUCUCUUUCAAACUACUUUAUGAGUGAAUUGAAUUAGUGAGGUAUAAAUUAAUGGUCUCUUUUGGAUUUCUUCAGCAGUUUGAAGAAUGUUGACUUUAAACAUUUAUAGAAUUUAAUUUUGCCUGUUAAAAUGUCUUUUCCACUUGCGAGGCUAGCCCUGUUCCCUCCACUUACAUGCAGUUAUGAUAAGGAGGGGGACAUGUGAACUAAAUAAGGAGGAAGCUGGGCAAGGUCAUUCUGCCAGGACACCAGAGACUCCAAGCUGUCAAGGGUAGUGUAGUACACAGAAAGGCGCUACAUUAGUGAAUUAAAAAAAAAUAUGUACAUAUGGAAAGACUAAAAAUGAGGGUCCCUGUAAUUGAGGAUAUAAAAAAUGAAACUGAAGAGGAAAAACCAGGGGAAGAAGAAAAUGAGGAAGACUGGAUAUUCUUUAAGCCUGUGAUAGAAGACCUAAGGAUGGAAUUGGCCAAAAAAUGCACCAAACUCAUUAGUGAUAUCCAUUAUAAAGAAGAGUAUAAGAAGUCCAAGGACAAGUGUACAUUUGUGACUGACACUCCUAUGCAAAACCAUGUAAAAAAUAUUGGUGCUUUUAUUUCUGAGGCAAAAUACAAAGGCACCAUUAAGGCGGACCUCUCCAAUUCUCUUUAUAAACAGAUGCCAGCCACAAUUGACAGCGUCUUUGCGAGAGAAGUUACACAGCUUCAGAGUGAGGUUGCCUACAAGCAGAAACACAAUGGUGCCAAAGGAUUCUCAGAUUAUGCCCAUAUGAAGGAGCCACCUGAGAUCAAACAUGCCAUGGAAGUUAAUAAACACCAGAGCAAUAUUUCUUAUAGGAAAGAUAUGCAGGACACCCAUAUGUACAGUGCGGAGCUCAGCAGACCAGACAUCAAGAUGGCAACACAGAUCUCCAAAGUCAUAAGCAAUACAGAGUACAAGAAAGGGCAAGGAGUAAUGAAUAAAGAGCCUGCUGUAAUUGGAAGACCAGAUUUUGAACAUGCUGUGGAAGCUUCUAAACUUUCUAGUCAAAUUAAAUACAAAGAAAAAUUUGAUAAUGAAAUGAAGGACAAAAAACAUAAGUACAAUCCCCUGGAAAGUGCUUCUUUUAGGCAAAGUCAGCUUGCUACUGCACUGGCGAGCAAUGUGAAGUACAAGAAAGACACUGACGGUAUGCAUGAUCCGGUUUCGGGUCUCCCAAACUUAUUUCUAGACCAUGCUUUGAGAACCAGCAAAAUGGUCAGCGGACGAGAGUACAGAAAGCUUUUUGAGGAAAACAAAGGAACAUAUCAUUUUGACGCAGAUGCUGCAGAACACCUGUACCAUAAGGGCAACGCCACACUCCAGAGUCAGGUUAAGUACAAAGAAGAAUAUGAGAAAAAUAAGGGGAAAUCGAUGCUUGAAUUUGUUGAGACACCAUUAUAUCAAGCUUCAAAGGAGGCUCAGAAGAUGCAGAGUGAGAAAGUCUACAGAGAAGAUUUUGAGAAGGAGAUUAAAGGAAGGUCAUCACUGGAUUUAGACCAGACUCCAGAAUUUUUACAUGUAAAGUACAUCACCAACCUUCUGAAGGAGAAAGAAUAUAAAAAAGAUUGGGAAAAUGAAAUAAAAGGGAGAGGAAUGGAACUUAAUUCAGAAGUUCUUGAUAUUCAAAGAGCGAAACGUGCUUCUGAAAUGGCUAGUGAAAAAGAAUACAAGAAAGACCUGGAGUCAGAAAUUAAAGGGAAGGGUAUGCAAACUGGCACCGACACCCUUGAAAUGCAGCAUGCAAAGAAAGCCUCAGACAUUGCCAGUGAGAAAGACUAUAAAAGGGAUCUGGAGACUGAAAUUAAGGGGAGAGGCAUGCAGGUGAGCGCAGACACUCUUGAUAUCCAGAGAGCCAUGAAAGCAUCAGAAAUGGCCAGCCAGAAAGAAUAUAAGAAAGACUUAGAAAAUGAAAUUAAAGGCAAAGGAAUGCAAGUGAGCAUAGAUAUUCCGGAUAUGCUUCGAGCCAAGAGGGCGUCUGAGAUCUACAGCCAGAAAAAGUAUAAAGAUGAAGCAGAGAAGAUGCUUUCAAACUAUUGUACUGUCCCAGAUACUCCUGAAAUUCAGAGAAUUAAGACAGCUCAACAAAAUAUUAGUGAGAUAUUUUAUAAGAAAGCAAUAGGAGCUGGCACCACAGUAAAAGAUACUCUGGAGAUGGAUCGAGUGAAGAAAACUCAGCAGAAUAUUAGUUUGCUGCAGUACAGGGAGCAGUGCCGCAGAGCCACGCCUGUGUGCAGCACCCCGGAGCUAGAGAGAGUGAGGAGAAGCCAGGAUCAACAGAGCACGGUAAAAUACAAAGGAGAGGUGAAACAGGCAACAGCCAUUUCUGAUCCCCCAGAGCUGAAGCGAGUUAAAGAAAACCAGAAGAACAUCAGCGAUGUCUGUUAUAAAGGUCAGCUGGGAAGAGCUACUGCUCUAAGUAUAACUCCAGAAAUGGAAAGAGUAAAGAAGAAUCAAGAAAAUAUCAGUUCGGUAAAAUACACCCAGGACCAAAAGCAGAUGAAGGGUAGACCAAGUCUGAUUUUAGAUACACCAGGUCUGAGAUAUGUCAAAGAAGCACAAAAUCAUAUAUCAAUGGUAAAAUAUCAUGAAGAUUUUGAAAAGACAAAGGGAAGGGGCUUUACUCCUGUCGUGGAUGACCCUGUGACAGAGCGAGUGAGGAAGAACACCCAGGUUGUCAGCGAUGCUGCCUAUAAGGGCGUCCAUCCUCACAUUGUAGAGAUGGACAGGAGACCUGGCAUCAUUGUUGACCUCAAAGUCUGGCGCACAGAUCCUGGCUCCAUCUUCGACAUCGAUCCCCUGGAGGACAAUAUUCAGUCUAGAAGCCUCCAUAUGCUCUCUGAGAAGGCGAGUCACUAUAGGAGACACCGGUCUCGGUCUUACUCGAGCAGUACUUUCGGUACAGCUCCGGGCGAUGACAAGUCAGAGCUGUCCGAGAUUUACCCUAGCUUCUCCUGCUGCAGUGAGGGAACAAGACCGUCGGAUGAAGGAGCACCUGUCCUUCCUGGAGCCUACCAGCAGAGCCAUUCCCAGGGCUAUGGGUACGCGCACCAGACCAGCCUGUCAUCUGUACGGUCAAUGCAGCAUUCACCAAAUCUUAGGACCUACCGAGCCAUGUACGAUUACAGUGCCCAGGAUGAAGAUGAAGUCUCCUUCCGGGAUGGCGACUACAUUGUCAAUGUGCAGCCCAUCGAUGACGGCUGGAUGUAUGGCACGGUGCAGAGAACUGGGAAGACGGGGAUGCUCCCAGCGAAUUACAUUGAAUUUGUUAAUUAAUUAUUUCUCCUUGUCCUCUGAGCUUGAUUCUAAUGUAUACUAAAUCUAACCUUUUUAAAAGAUAGAAGAUACUUUUAAGACAACUUGGCAGUUAUUUUACAAUAAUCGCUCCUUAUGUUGACAAUUAGAUACACAGGCACCAGGAAGAAGGAAUGACUUCUGGGCUGAAAACAGCAGCAUUUUCAGUAAAUCCUACAAACAAAAUAAUUAGGUCUGGAGACCUGGUGCUGCUAAUUGUGUUAAUGGUUUCCUUUGAUUGGCUAUUGAACCCUUCUGGGAAAUGUAUUUUUGUAGACUUUAAUAGUGAUGUUGAUUGUCCCUUAAAUGUAACAAGUAUAUGAAACUUCUUAGCUGUCAUUUUGGAAUCAGCAGAAGCCAAUUCUUUUAAUUCAGUAACACAGCCAAUGAUACAAAAACUGUUUAACUUUUGAAUCAUUAGAGAAUUUUCAAUUCAAGUGAAAUUUGCCUGUUACAAUAAAUGUAAGCAGUGGCAGAUUGACAGUUGGGUUAAAUUUAUAUUGACUGGUGGCUUUAGGGACCUAGAAGCUUCUACCAAACAAAGAAAUGUCUUUGUUCCCUGGGCCAACUUGAGUCUAUUUCUUUCUCAUUUGUACCAAGGCAUAUCCUACUGUCCAUUUACAUUCUGUGCACCCAAGUAUAUGCUUGGCUUCACAGACUGUUAGGACCAACUAAGUUCACAGCUACUCUGCAAAGGGCAAAUUUUAAGGUCACCUAUAUUAUUUCCCUAAUAGCCUUUACCCUGUUGCAUGUCAUGUAGGUUUGAGCUUCUGUAACAUAGGCAGCUGCACUGCCAUUCCUGUUAUGAAAGCAAAAAAUGUGGCUGACAUCUAAAAGCCCUUUCCUCUAGUUGCCAACUCAUCAGAAAAAUGUAUUUUGAAAAGUUGCUUGAGAUUCUCCUGCUGCAUUGCACCCUAGUUGUGAAGGAUUUACACCUUAGGAAAUAGGCAUAUACUCUAGUACAUAAGUGAUUUAAGUGUUUAUUGAACAGCUUUCAGUAACUUAGUGCUGCUACUGAUUUAAAAAUAGAGAAAACAAGAGCCAGAGACAAAGGGGGACAUGAAGUGUCCUGGGGAAGGCCAGAACCCACAGUUACCAACUCCACAUGGAGAGAGAGCCAAUCUGGUUUCCUAUUUUAGAAGAUGGCAGUCAGAUUCUGGAAAGGAAAUCUAGCCGCUGAAACCAGUUAAUGAAAAGACUUCCUUUCCAUGAUUUGGGCAAGACAGGAAUGUCAUCAGAGACUUCAGGUCCAGGUCCAAGAGGCUGUUCAUGAAAAAAAUUGUCAUCACAUUUUGAUUUUCAAGUGCAUGACCUUGCAGACUGACCUUGCAGACUGUUAGUGGAUUCACAGUUCUGACUGCUGCCCUUGCUGGUGGGUCAUGGUUUUCUCUGCAGUCUGCAGCCAAGACCACCAUCGAGAUUAACGUCCAGCAGCAACUCUGUGUUUUUCUGAUUGUGCCAUUUAUUGGGACCUGCAACAGGGUAGCAUUCAGGUAGGGUCUGAUGCUGUAGUUGUGAUGAAACUGAAAAGGCAAAGUUACAAAAAUGUCAUGAAAUGUAUGGGUCUUGGAGACAUCUCCUUAUAUAAAACAUUCAAAGAAAUUAACAAAAUGUCCUGUAAAAUAUUUUCUAUUGAAAUGUUUUUGAGUCCAAAGACAAAUGUUACUCAUUUACAUUUUUGAAAAGUUAGCACAUACUUUUGAAAAUCUGGUGUUAUUUUAUCUGUCUAAAAGAGUAAAUACAAUUUAUUACCCUUAAACUGUACCUACGUGACACAGACAUAAAAUUGAAAAGAGAAAAAUUCAGGCAAAUAACUAGAGAUUUUUUUUUUUGAGGCGUUUUUACAGUUGGCCACAUAACCUGCUUGACUGAUUUUCUAUCUUUGAAAUGACCAGUCACAAUUAAAUUGAUUACACCCACAUCUGUUUUGAUGUCUUGUUUAACAAACCUACAAAGGCAAGCUGAACUAGGAAUAGUCUCACAAAAAUGUCUCUGUAUUAAAACUGAUGGUGACCCCAACUGACCACUUUCUGUCAUUAUAAAAAAAGAGUAGCGGUUCACUGAAUUUGCAGAUUAAAUGUAGGACAGGUACAAUUUUUGAUAAAUCGCACAUUUAUAGGAAACUCAAAGGAAACUGACUUGAAAUGCUGAUUAUAGUCAGGAAAGUUACCAUAAAGUAGCAGCUUGACAUUUCAUUGUUUUUCUCAUCUGCUGAUUUCAAAAUCAGAUUCAUUAAAUGUAGAGUCAAUAUUUACUUGGGAAAUAAGUCUCUGAAAAUUUUAAGCUCCACAUGGUGUUUGCAUAGCAAGACGUUUCUGUUGCCAGCCUUUUGGAAUUAAAGUCCAAUCAGAGUUUAACUAGACGGCAGUUACUUUACAAUAAAGACUGAGGGAGAUCAAGAUGUCACAUGCUCCCGAAACUGUAACUUGAUGGUGUUGUCAUGUUACUAAAGCUGGUCAGGAUUUUAAGCAUCUCAGCAGAAAUAUAGGAAACAGAUAAGUUUAAUACCAAAGUGCAAUUUUUAUAGCAUCAUUUUUCAAACUACAUUCUUGAGCAAUUUUCCCACUUUCCACAUGCUCCCUUACCUUCAAUUUGGCAACAGGUAUUUCCCAUGUAACACUGGAAGCUAAAGAGGGGUUUAAAAAUUAAGUCUUUUUAAAACUCAAGUUAAAAAGACUGAAAAUGCCCAUGCACAAAGCGCGUGCAUGUGAUUUUCUAAACCUGAUGUGUUCUCAAGCCUGAUGAAAGCACAAGGGCAAUUUGAUAGCUUUUAAAAGGUUCCCAAACCGUUUGUGGAUCAUGUAUCUCUUGAGAAAUGGAUAGCAACAGAAUAUAUUGCUUUUGUUCUAGUUUUUGUAGUCAAACUUUUUACUAAUUCUUGUUCUCUAGGAAAUCUUUCUAUUUCUAAUCUGUGGCAAAACAAAUUCUUCAUGUCCUCUUGUUAUUGUUUACACACUCCCGUGUUUGAAAUUCUUACCUGGUCGUCAGAUCGCCACGCGGCCCCCGCGUCUCCUCAGGCUUCUCCUUGCUCUGCAGACCGCACGGGGUUUCCAAGCACAAUUCCACAAGCAGCUGGUAUGAAUACAGAUGAGAUUAGACCUCUAGGUUCAUGGCUUGAAGAUGAUGAAGAUACAGUUUUGCCAGUUUUACUGCAGUCUGACUCUCCUCAUCCUCUCCUUUUUCUGUUGGGCUCUGGGAGUUGGGAAGCCGACUUGUCUAAAACAAAUAGUGCAGUUCAAGGCGAUGCAUCUCGUCCUGUUCAUCCAUCUCCAGAGGAAUGUUUUUAAUGAAAAAAUAAAGAAAACAUGUUGAUCCUUUAAUAACACUUCCCUCUAUAAAGUAGAUAGAGUUUUAUACCAAAAUUAUAACACAGACAUAUAAAAAUAUAGGUGCCUUUCUGAUUAACCUUGUUUAUCCAUUACAGUUUUGGAAAGAAAACCAAGCAAACAUGUUUCUGCCUAUUCUAUAGUAAUAUUUUAUGAUACAUGUUUGGUAUUUUUGGAGCAGGGAACUGAGAUGCCCCUGACAGAUAGGAAAAGUGAUAACUGAUUUAUUUUACCUCUAAAGGUUUAGAACUUUAGAAAAUACUUCUUGCAUCUAUUUCUGAAAGGUUCUUUGUGGAUUUUUUAUGUAGUGAAGGUGCAUAAACAUUAACUUUAGGUUUGAGAUUUAAAAUACCUGUUGUAACAUAGAAGGCUUAUAGUAUGAGGCUGAAUUCAUUACAGAAGAUGAAAUUCACUUCAUAAAUUCAUUCUACCUUGGCUGUUUGCUUUGGUAAUCUCAAAGUGGCUAAGGUAUGGUUUUUGGUGUAAUGUGAUGCAGAGUUGAGAAACUAAAGUUAAAUAAGAAGCUGUGUAUCUGUUAAGAAUGCUAACAGGAAAGCCUAUUUUGAAACAUGAAGUAUUCCAUGCCCACUAGGGUCCUUUCCAGGCAACUAUUUGUCAACUACUGAUGAUAAAAAACAUCAAGAUAUUGUGUGGUACUUCUGUGGCCAUCAUUCCUUGAUGCUUAGACUGCUGGAAUCCACAAGCCUAAAAUGAUCCCCAGGGCAAAUUUCCUCCCCAAUUAUCCAUAUUACUUCAGUAUAUUCAGGGGAAUUCCAUAUGCUUUUCGUGUUUGAUAUAUGGUAUCCAGUUUGCAUAGUAUACUCUUCUUUGUAAUCCUGUUGCUGUUAAGAAUUAUUUACUUUAAAGGAAAAGAGAAAACUGCAUCACAGUCGCAUCCUUCGGUGUCCAUACAAUGAAUGGCUGAGCGUUUAGAAGUGCCCAGAGUAUGUUACAGGCAUGGUGUGGGACAGUUUGACCUGUGAUAAAAAUGCAACAUUGAAUCAUUGUGCAGUUUGGCUUCUGUCUGCUUCAAAAUAGGUAGAAUUGUGGUUGAUUACUUUGCAAAAUUGUACUAACUUUGAGAGUACACAGUUCUGAAGGAAACAAUGUUUUUAAAACAAAGGGGCUUACAGAAUGAUAAACUGUUAUUGGUAUAAUUUGGCUUUUGUUAUGCAAAUUGUUAACACCAGCUAUUAAAAUAUAUUUUAGUAGAAAUGCUUUAAUUCAUGUUUUUUUCCUCUACACUGUGAAUCUUUAAGCCUUGGUGGACUAGAGCAACAUCAUGCUGCCCAGAGGGCUAAACCUAUGCAAACUAGUUCACAUUUUAGUGGAUGUCACAGUACUUGUGUAGUAAGGCAUUAUUUUCCCCUGCAUAUUGUACAGCAGCACUGAACUAACACCUUAAGCCUAGCAACAUGUAUGUAUGGUACAGUCACUCACAAAUUCUUUAAGGCUACCCUAAUUGUUAGUAUUAUUAUUGUUUAAAAGCAAAUCACUGACUUAUCUAUUAAAACUACUGAAUGAUGUCAGAACAAGAAUGAUGGAUGGAUACAUUGGCCAUGGCUUCGGUGUGGUCACCACCAGUGUUCUCCUAUGAUAGACUGCGUUCUCAGAUGCACUCUCUCCAGGGUAUUGUUAGUCUGUGUCUUCUUUCUGUAUUUGUAAAACAUAACGCUUUAAUUUCCUAUCUCUACACACUUGGUUUGCUUAAAUAAAUGCAGGAUGUAACAAAA